AGCCAACGCGACGAGUGCAAUUAGUUAAUUACCGAACAGCCGGGGUUCUCAGAAGUUCGAAAAUCAAUCAACACCAAUCAUGUUCCUGUUGCGAAGCAGUGCCCUUGUGAUUCUUGCCGUAACAAUCGCUGUAGCGGCAGCAGCGGCGACCAACACCCAGGAAGAACAGCAGAUGGUGAACCUGAUCAACGAGAUCGACCAGCAGGAGAGCUUCCCGCUGUUCGGUGGGCUCAGUAUGGAACGGGUUGAGGGUGCUCGCUCGUUCGGUGGUGUGGAAGCCGACGUCAACGAAAAUCUGGCCGAACGUGCCGUGCGGUACCUGAACACGCACAGUGUCAAGUUCAACAUUCCGGAAGAGGAUAGUGAGGGUCGCCAGAUGGAAGAAGCCCGCAGCAGCCGCCUGAAGAAGGUCUUCCUUCCGCUGCUGCUCGCCCUGAAGCUGAAGAUGUCCGUCGUCUUGCCAAUUCUGCUCACCAUCAUCAAGCUGAUCUCGCUGAAGGGCCUGAUCGCCGGACUGCUCGCCCUGAAGUUCUCCAUCUUCACCUUCCUGAAGGAUCUGUUCAACAAGAAGCAGGAACGUGUGACCACCGCUUACAUCACCAGCGCCCAGCCCGUGAACGCCGAGAUCGUGCACCAGGAUUGGCACCGCAAUGGACAGGCUUCGCCCCAGGAGCUAGCCUAUGGUGCGUACAAUCCUUACGCCACCCUGCAGUGAAGAGGCCCCCAACAAAACAUCCAGAACGAUGACGAUCCAACACCAGUGACGAUGGUUGGCGAUCAUUAUUGAGCGUAGACCAAAAAUAAUGGCUAGCUGCUGAAGCCAAAUUUUGCGAUGAACAGUUAAUUUAUUUAUUUAUUGUGUUUGUAAUGAGUUUUUAAGUUUUCUCAUUUAUUGUUUAACAUUCUUUCAACCUCCUUGUUGUGAAUCUAUUCGCCGCUUUAUUUGUUCUCCCUUCAAGUAUUUCCUUUGUUAUUUAUUUGUGUUGAAUGUGUAAAUAAGCACCAGAAAUAAAAAGAGUUUCAAACGAA